AUGAAGCGAAUACUAUUCUUGACUACCGUUCCACCAGAUAUUAUCGGGACAAGUGUUUCUGACCAUGAGUGGUCGAAUGAUAUGUUACCAUCACAUCUUUCGAAACGGGGAGCCUCGGUAAGCAUAAAACGAUGGACAGACGAGGACAUCAUCACCUCCAUGCUGGACAGUGACGUAGUUACAUUUCUCUGGGCCGAAGACUAUUACCAAAAUCAUAUUGCCUUUGAAGAAUUCCUACUUACGGCCAAAAGGGCCAUCGAAACAGUGGGACAACAACACGGCGCAACCCAUCCCCGUGUGAUCAAUCAUAUCGACCUAGUCCAAUGGAACAUGGACAAGAAGUAUCUCCUGGAUAUGCGCGACGCUGGGUUCGACAUACCCAUGACUGAGAUCGUCGAUGCGGAGCCAUUUACCGGCACGUCGGCCUUGCAUCAACGCCUACAGGCAUUUCAAUCAUCCGGGCCCGUCGUCCUCAAACCAUCUGUGUCUGCGUCCUCGAAUAACACUCGACUCAUCCCAGAUAUCUCGGCAUUAUCAGCCGAUGAUGAUGUGUAUCUGGAGCUGUGUGUGAAGGGCCGUCUGGGAAGUUCCUUGGUUGUACAGAGAUUUGAGUCUGCCAUUGCCACGGGCGAAUAUUCUUUCGGCGAGUUCCGCUGCCAGCCCGAAUUUGGUGGCGAGGGUAGUUGCAUACCGAUUGAGCAAAUUGAGGAGACAACGUUGUCGGUGGUGAAUACUAUUUUUGAUACCCUUAAGGAUUGGUUCGGGGAUGGAUCAACGGGGGAGAUGGGUUAUGUACGUAUUGACGGUUUAGUGGCCGACCCUCGUGCGUUCAUUCUGAUGGAGAUCGAGGCUAUCGAGCCACAUCUUUAUCUUGAAAUGAAGGGUCUUGAAGAUAUGCUUUCCCGUUUGUUGAAAUAG